CAGUUCACUAUUCGUUCUUGAAGUUGAACGUCGAGCCACUGUAUAUAAUUGAUUAUAAAUAGUUCACUAUUUUGCAGUCCAGCACUGUAUCCCCGCGAUCCUUCCUCCAACAUGACCAACUUCAACAUCCGAAUCAUCUCGGACAACGUUUGUCCCUGGUGCUACAUAGGCAAAGCCCGUCUAGAUAAGGCUAUAGCCCUCUACAAGCGCACCUACCCCGCUGCCCAAGAUGACACCUUCACCGUAACAUGGUACCCCUACUACCUAGACCCGAACGCGCCGAAAACGGGCAUCCCACUCCUGGAGCGCCUGGCAUCCAAGUUCAGCGCCAGCCGGCUCGAACCCCUACAGGCGCAUCUCCGGCAGGUAGGCCAAGCCGAAGGGAUCAACUUCAAGUUCGACUGCCUCACCGGCAACACGCGCGACUCGCACCGCGUCGCCCAGCUCGCCAAGGCGAAAGGACUCGAGACCCAGAACCGCGUCGUCGCCGAGAUUAUGCGCUCCUACUUCGAGGGCUCCGGUGACAUCACGUCGUGGGAUCACCUCGUCGCCGCUGCCGAGCGGGGCGGCCUCGAUGGCGCUGAGGUGAGGGACUGGCUCGCGGAGGGGAAGGGGGGCGAGGAGGUCGACCAGGAGGUGCGCGAGGCUUUCGCGUUGGGGGUUUCCGGCGUGCCGCAUUUUGUCAUUCAGGGGCAGUACCGGGUCGGCGGCGCACAGGGACCCGAGACCUUCUUGGAGCAGUUUAUUGCCAUCAAGGAGAAGGAGGGUUGAGGGUCCAAACAUCGCCUUGGGGUCUUCUAUCGGUUCCUUCGUUCUUUUUCUCCGCCCUCGGCCUUGCGCUGUUGACCCUUAUGAUGGAAGACAUUGAUGUGUGUCUAUUGUAUUGUCUAAAGGGGGCUAAAAUAUCAUCUGAGACUCUUCGCAAAU